UGGGUUUUGAAGGAGCCAAUGAGUGCUCGGAGCGGAGAGUUUAAGAAGCGUAAAUCCGCACUGCUAAGGCCGGUCUGGGAUCCGAGUCUGCUUUGAGCUGACGCGGGUAGCCCUCUCCCUCCAGACACUCCCAUGGCCCAGUUCGUGUUCGAGAGUGACCUGCACUCGCUGCUGCAGCUGGAUACACCCAUCCCCAAUGCACCCCCUGCGCGCUGGCAGCGCAAGGCGAAGGAAGCCGCGGGGCCGGCCCCCUCGCCUAUGCGGGCAGCCAACCGAUCCCACAGCGCCGGCAGGACCCCAGGCCGAACUCCCGGCAAAUCCAGCUCCAAGAUUCAGACCACUCCCAGCAAACCUGGCGGUGACCGCUAUAUCCCCCAUCGCAGUGCUUCCCAGAUGGAGGUCGCUAGCUUCCUCCUGAGCAAGGAGAACCAGCCCGAAGACAGUCAGACGCCCACCAAGAAGGAACAUCAGAAAGCAUGGGCUUUGAACCUGAACGGUUUUGAUGUGGAGGAAGCCAAGAUCCUUCGGCUCAGUGGAAAACCACAAAAUGCCCCAGAGGGUUACCAGAACAGACUGAAAGUACUCUAUAGCCAGAAGGCCACGCCCAGCUCCAGCAGGAAGACCUGCCGUUACAUUCCUUCCCUGCCAGACCGGAUCCUGGACGCCCCUGAAAUCCGGAAUGACUACUACCUGAACCUUGUGGAUUGGAGCUCUGGGAAUGUACUGGCUGUGGCUUUGGACAACAGUGUGUACUUGUGGAGUGCUAGCUCUGGUGACAUCCUGCAGCUGCUGCAAUUGGAGCAGCCUGGGGACUAUAUAUCUUCUGUGGCCUGGAUCAAAGAGGGCAACUACCUGGCUGUGGGCACCAGCAGUGCUGAGGUGCAGCUAUGGGAUGUGCAACAGCAGAAACGGCUUCGAAACAUGACCAGUCAUUCUGCCCGAGUGGGCUCCCUCUGUUGGAAUAGCUAUAUCCUGUCCAGUGGCUCACGCUCUGGCCACAUCCACCACCAUGAUGUUCGGGUAGCAGAACACCAUGUGGCCACAUUGAGUGGCCAUAGCCAGGAAGUGUGUGGGCUGCGCUGGGCCCCAGAUGGACGACAUUUAGCCAGUGGCGGCAACGAUAACUUGGUCAACGUGUGGCCUAGUGCUCCUGGAGAAAGUGGCUGGGUUCCUCUGCAGACAUUCACCCAGCAUCAAGGGGCUGUCAAGGCUGUAGCUUGGUGUCCCUGGCAGCCCAACGUCCUGGCAACUGGAGGGGGCACAAGUGAUCGACACAUUCGUAUCUGGAACGUCUGCUCUGGGGCCUGUCUGAGUGCUGUGGAUGCCCAUUCCCAGGUGUGCUCCAUCCUCUGGUCUCCCCACUACAAGGAGCUCAUCUCAGGCCAUGGCUUUGCCCAGAACCAGCUGGUUAUUUGGAAGUACCCAACCAUGGCGAAGGUGGCUGAGCUGAAAGGUCACACAGCCCGGGUCCUUAGUCUGACCAUGAGCCCAGAUGGGGCUACAGUGGCAUCAGCAGCAGCAGAUGAGACCCUGCGGCUGUGGCGCUGCUUUGAGUUGGACGCUGCCCGGCGGCGGGAGCGGGAGAAGGCCAGUGCAGCCAAAAGCAGCCUCAUCCACCAAGGCAUCCGUUAAGGACCAACUCAUCUCAGUUUUUUGCUUUUUUUUUUUUUUUACUUUUCUAAUAAAGUCACGUCUCUCUCUUC